AUGAAGCUUUUCACAGGCCUCAUGAUCUGCUCCUUGGUCCUGGGAGUCAGCAGUCAGAACUGGUUGACCUUCAUCCCAGAGGCUGUUCAAGGCACCUGGGAUAUGCUUAGAGCCUAUUACGACAUGCGAGAAGCCAACUACAUAGGUGCAGACAAAUACUUUCAUGCUCGAGGGAACUAUGAUGCUGCACCAAGGGGACCUGGGGGCGCCUGGGCUGCCGAAGUGUUGAGCGACUUCAGAGAGAAUACUAUGGGAAGAGUCACAGACUUCUUUAAGCAUGGAGAGAGCGGUCAUGGAGCAGAAGACUCGAAAGCUGACCAGGAGGCUAAUAAAUGGGGGCGGAGCGGCAAAGACCCCAAUCACUUCAGACCUGCUGGGCUACCUGACAAGUACUGA